AUGGUUCACAUGACGGGUUUUUUAUCCGAUCUCCAGGCCGGACGUUCCUCCUCCACCGUCCAAGUCCGUCUGCUUCGCUACUGGGAAGCCAGAAACUUCCGCCGUGGUGGAGAGCUCAUGGGUGUGGACAUGCUCCUCUUGGAUUCCCAGACGACUAUGAUGCAGGCCUCCGUCAAUUCACACAGGAUCCCAAAAUUCCGGGAAACUCUCACUGCCGACAAGAUGUUUACUCUAUCAAGUUUUGAUGUUAUCUCAUGUACUCGGAACCUCAAGAUCACCGAAUCACCUUUCAUUAUUCGGUUCAAUGAUUAUACUGAAUUCAUUGAGAUGACCACCCCAUCCUCUCCCUUGCCCUUGGAAGCGUUCCGUUUCCUUUCUGGAACUGAGUUGCUCCGACUUGCUAAUACAAAUAGUCAGCUCACGGAUGUUGUUGCUGAGGUUACUGGAGUGAAAAGCAACGUGAGAAAUCCUCCAAAGAAAAAAAUCAUCUCAUGA